AUGAUCGUCACUUUUGUGGAAGCCAUUGAGGAUAAGUUAAAGUUAAUCAAUGUUGUGAAUUUGGAAUUAGACUUACUAAUUUUGAUACUAUACUUUGUAAAUUGUGCCCCUUUAAUAUUAUAAGUACCUGUGCAUUCCAUUGGGAAUAGUUUUCAAUUCAUUGAAAUGUAAAAAUCAGAGAAUUUUGUACAAUUUAUUCUUUGGCUUAUUUUUUACUAUGAUAAUAACUAAGGAAUGGUUCAUAUACAUUUUUAUUUGGGCCAUCUUAAUUUACUUUGUAAGUAAAAUAUUCAAAGAUCCUUAUUACCCAAUAUUUUUAGUUGGAUUCAUCAUCCUGUCAUACUGCCAUGUGUAUAGAUUAAUGGUAAUUCUAUAUAUUUGAUUUCUAUAUAGUAUGA